GGUCUUCCACAAUGCAACGCGACGUUUACGGAUGAGGUCGAAGUGGGACAGCCGUGAUCUCCAGUUUGUAAUUCCUGCUCCUGACGAGUCGGGUUGUACGCUUCCCAAUCCUUACUUUACUUUUUGUAAACCGUUUGAACUACUUGCCUGCUCUUUGCUUCCCGCUUGCAGUCCGAGAGUCCGUUCUUUUUUUAAUCUGCUGUACCGUCUUGACUACAGUUUUGAAGAGUGAACUUCGAGACGAAAUCACUGUUAGAUUGCUAACACUGGAAGGGAACAUGUAUUAACUGUUUUUUGGUGGACAGCUUUUUUAGAUUACACAUCUUUGAGUGCAAUAAUUUGAUGAUGUCUGCAGCAUCUGUGUCACACUGUUCACCAGUAAAAACUGUGGCUUCUGAAGUUCCCUUCCGUGAUCUCUGUUCAACUUUGGAAAAAAUACAGAAAACUAAAUCCAGACCGGAAAAAAACAAGUAUUUCACUGACUUCCUGUAUUCAUGGAGAGAAUUUCAUAAUGCUCUUCAUAAGAAUGAUUUAGACACCACUGAUACUUUUUACCCAGCACUGCGCCUGAUACUUCCUCAACUUGAGAGGGAGAGGAUGGCAUAUGGCAUUAAAGAAACAAUGCUCGCAAAACUUUACAUUGAAGUUCUUGGUUUGCCAAAAGAAGGAAAAGAUGCUCUGAAACUCUUGAACUAUCGAGCUCCAUCAACCUCAUAUGGAGAGGCAGGUGAUUUUGCUGUGAUUGCGUAUUUUGUUCUGAAACAGAGGUGUCCAAAUAAAGGCACGUUGACUAUUUGUGGGGUAAAUGAACAUUUGGACUCCAUUGCACUUAAUAACGCUGUCAAGAGAAAAGAUUUAGUCAAAAAGAGCCUGUUGCAGUUAAUCUGUCAGAGUUCUGCAUUGGAACAAAAGUGGCUUAUUCGUAUGAUCCUGAAAGACAUGAAGUUAGGCAUCAGUCAACAAACUAUACUUCAGUUAUUCCAUCUAGAUGCUGUAGAGCUUUAUAGCGUGACAACAGAUUUAGAAAAAGUUUGCAGACAGCUCCAUGAUCCCAGUGUAUCUCUCAGUGAUGUCUCCAUCAUGUUGUUUUCUGCUUUUAAGCCAAUGCUUGCUGGUGUUGCUAAUAUGAAAAACAUUGAAAAGUUAAUGCACAAUCAGAGUUUUUACCUAGAAACUAAAUUAGAUGGGGAGCGUAUGCAGCUUCACAAAGAUGGAGAUAUUUACAAAUAUUUUUCACGUAAUAGCUAUGAUUACAGCCAACAGUUUGGUGCUUCACCAUUACAAGGAUCUCUCACACCAUUUAUUCAUAAUGCCUUCAAGAGCACAGUGCAAAAUUGCAUCCUUGAUGGAGAAAUGAUGGCUUACAACCCUGUUACAAAAACCUUUAUGCAGAAAGGAAACAAAUUUGAUAUCAAAAGAAUGGUGGAGGAUUCAGAAUUACAAACUUGUUUCUGUGUAUUUGAUGUGCUAAUGGUAAAUAAUCAGAAAAUGGCAAAUGAAACUCUCAGGAAAAGACAUGAAAUCCUUCAGACUAUCUUCACAGAAGUGCCAGGUCAUUUUCAGGUUGUGGAAAAAACAGAAAUAAAAACAAAAAAAGAUGUUGCUGAUGCCUUGAAUGAUGCCAUAGAUAAACGGGAAGAAGGAAUCAUGAUAAAGGAUCCUUUAUCUGUUUAUAAACCAGACAAACGUGGUGAAGGCUGGUUGAAAAUUAAACCAGAAUAUGUUGAUGGAUUGAUGGAUGAGCUUGACAUCUUGAUUGUUGGAGGUUACUUUGGUAAAGGUCAUCGGGGUGGAAUGGUGUCCCAUUUUCUGUGUGCUGUUGCAGAAGUUCCUUCAACUGGUGAGAAGCCAUCAGUCUUUCACUCAGUUUGCCGUGUAGGCUCUGGAUAUACAAUGAAGGAACUGUACGACCUGGGGCUGAAACUAGCUAAUCACUGGAAACCUUACCAUAAAAAAGAUCCUCCUGAAAAUAUUCUGUGUGGUGCUGAAAAACCAGAGGUCUAUAUUGAGCCCUGCAAUUCGGUCGUUCUGCAAGUUAAGGCAGCUGAAAUUGUAAACAGUGAUGCCUAUAAAACAGGUUGUACAUUGCGUUUUCCACGAAUUGAGAAGAUCAGAGAUGAUAAACACUGGUAUGAGUGCAUGACCUUGCAUGAUCUGAGUCAACUGCAUAAAAAAGCAUCAGGGAAACUUGCAUCCAAACAUGUAGACCUAAAUGAUGAAGAGCCAGAGAAGAAGAAGCGUAAAGUUUUGACAAAAGCCAAAAAAUUGAUUGGUAUCGCAGAACAGUUUAAGGCCCAAGAUCUAACCAAUAUCAGCAAAGUUUCAAAUAUUUUUGAAAAUGUUGAAUUUUGUGUCUUAAAUGGCCUUGACCAUUAUCCUAAAGCUGAUCUGGAAAAGGGAAUAGCUGAAUGUGGAGGAUUAGUUGUACAGAAUCCUGGACCUGAUACUUACUGUAUCAUUGUGGGCACUGUCAAUAUCCGUGUUAAAAACCUUAUCACUGCUAAUGAGCAUGAUAUUGUGAAAGCUGAGUGGUUGGUUGAUUGUUUGCAAAAGAAACAUUUUGUACCCUGGCAACCUCAGAAUAUGAUUCAUAUGUCACCUUCAACAGAAGAACAUUUUGCUCAAGAAUAUGAUAGCUAUGGUGACAGCUAUUAUGCUGAUGUUGAUAAAAUCCAGCUGCAAGAAGUUUUCAAAAGAAUGAAUAAACCAGUAAAGGAAUUGCCCUUCUCAUCUAUUGCUGACCUGGAGCAUCAGUACUUCUGGGACAAAUCACCCCUAAGUAUGUUCAGAUGCUGCAUGAUUUAUAUUGACUUCUACAGCAGAAUUGGUGACAACAGUACACGGAUACGCAACACAAGUUUAGAUCUGAGGGUCUUGGAGCUGCGUUUUCAUGGCGCGAAAUGUGUCACGAGACUGCAAGAAGGUGUCUCCCAUGUCAUUAUUGGUCUUGAUAAACAACGUCUCUCAGCACUGAAAUUGCUCAGGAGAACAUUUAAAAGGAAAUUUAAAAUUGUGAUGGAAUCAUGGGUAUCUGAUUCACUGAAAGCUGGGUGUAUGCAAGAUGAAAAAGUUUACUUACUUUAGAAGACUGCUAAAACUCAUUGAAAAAUUAGUAAGAAUGGUCAAUUCUUGGAGGGCAAUGUAGAGCUGUGCAGUCAUUAAGUUCACCAGCUGCAAAGUGGUGUCUGAAUCUCUGUUAUAUAAAUGAAUAUUUUUCUCCUAGAUCAUCAUCUUUAAUUCCAGGUAAAGAUUAUUAACAAUCCUUAUUUACAAAACUGAGGUUUUUCAUGCAGAAAUAAAACUAUAAUGCACACCACGAUUUGAAACUAUGAAAUUAAACAACUGUUGUGCUGGUUGUUUCAUCUUAAUGUGUUUAAUUAAAACCAACUCUUUGAAUAUUCUAUUUUUAAACUAAAGCAUUAGAAAUGUGUGCAAUAGCAAAGAGUACUUUUAUUAUAUGUGUGAUGUUCUCUGAAAGAACAGGUAAUGCAACAUUUUUUUAAAGCUGAAUCAUAACAUGCCGGCUGUUGGUGUAUGAGCCAUACCUGUUUGACUACUGACUAUGUACUAUUUUACCACGCAAACACCUUUAACUAAGAUUUUUGUCAACAUCCAAAAUAAUGACUGUCCUUGGUAUUGGAAUUGACAUUUAAUUAACUGAGAAGUUGUUUUACACUGGUAAUAACAUCCCAAACUGAUGAUGAACCAAGCAUAUCAUUGUAGACAAAAUGUAACAAAUGUUUGUUCAGGUAAAUAAACCAAGCAAAGGCUGUAAGGUAAUAAGAUCAUAGCUUUGAAAUUAAUUCCAAAAGAAAGCAGAUAGUAAGAAACUGGAGGAGAGAGUGUUUACAUAAAACACUUCAUUCUAAUUGAAGUCAUUUUAGUGUAACAUCAUGAAAGGAAAUUCACAAAUAUGUUAGCUUUUAUUAUAUAUUAACAGUUAUUCCAAAUGCUCUGUUUUGAUUCAACAUUUUCUGAAACAAUCAGUGUCCAACAAGAUGCUGGACUGAGCCAAAGGAAACAUAGAUCAGAUUAUCUACCAUGUAACAGGCAAGUCUUCUGUUUAUCCCUCAGCCAAUUACCUGCUCAGAUACCUUAUCAUUGCUACCUCCUGUGGCAACUCAUUGCAGAAACCAACUUUGAAAAAUUUGCCCCUCAGGUUGCCUUAAACCACCCCCCCUCCCCGCCUUAAGUCCAUACCCUCUGUUUUAGACAUCCAAACCAUGGGACACAGAUAGAACAUAGAAUAGUAGUGCACUGGACAGGUUAUUCUGUCCUCUAUAUUGUGCUUAUCUUGAUGCCAAUUUAUAUUAAAUCAUCUACAUCCCCCUAUUCCCUUAAUAUUCAUGUUUUUAAUCAAAGUCCUCUUAAACUCCCCCAGAUUCUGUGAUUUCACUAGAACCCCGGAAACCCAUUUCAGGCAGAUACCAACCCCCGUUUUUAAACCUGCAUCCCCCCCCCCCCCCCCAGCUUAAAACAUAAACUUUGGUGUUUGAAAUUACCAUGUGGAAACAAUUCCUACUCUAUCAAAUUUAUGCUUAUAAUUUUAAAAAACCUGUAUCAGGUCUCAUCUUAGCUUCGAAUGUGCUAGGGAGAACAGUCUAAGUUUGUCCAAUCUUUCCUUAUAGUGCUUACCUUCUAAUACUGGUGACCUGCACCUUCACAGUCCCCACAUCCUUCCUGCAUGCAGUACUCCAAGUGUUCAAGCACAUCCUCCAACUGUGUUGGUCUUGGGCACAAACAUUACAAUUUGCUGUAUGAUGGGAUAUACAUGUGACAAAUAAAGCUUUUUUUUAAGUAUA